AUGGCAUUUUCCUUGGCUGCGUUGACAAGCACAAUUGCCACCAUUGUUCUUUCCACUCACUUCUGGUGGACCCUCCGCAAGAAUGGGCAAGACUACCUGGAUGCCUUGAACUUCGUGAUGCGCGCCAGAGAUGCCUCCACGAAGCCACAUCUCUAUGUUCAGAAGGCCCGCAUCCGCCUCUUCAACAUGGUGAACAGAAUUUGCAUCCAGUCAACUCUUGCAUGCGCGAUUCUCCUAUCCACGAUGGUGAUCAACAUGUCUGGUACGGGCGAGGUUCAGCUGUUGCUUUUGAUUUCUAUGUACACAGGAUGCUCACUGGUUUCCUCCGAGUUUAUCUCACUCACGCCUGCGACGUGCGACCUAGCAGCAGCUUUGGGGCAUUUCUUGCUUCUGCUCCUGGCACUUUGCCCGGCUUCGGACUCAGAGGUUGUUGUUGGAGGUGUCCGCGCCCUUCUCCGGGUGCUCUCUGGCAUGCUGUUCUUGGAUGCUAAGAAGACUUUCUCAGCGAACGUGGUGCAGAAGCUCCUGGAGGAGAACACAUCACUUCGCUUCGAAAGUGUUGAGGUGGCAGGCAAGUCGCAGGCACGCAAAAACUUGUUAUCAGUUCUGGUUGAUGCCGACAUCAUGCUGGACUCGAGCUUUCGCGUCUGCCAGCCAAGCAACAAAGCCGAGCAUUUCUUCGGGCCGGAGCUCAGUGCGAGCGAGACCUCGGUCGGAGGACUGAAGCUUCAUCAGUUUGUUGCAGAUGCUGACCAAACCAAACUCACAGAGUUCUUAAAUCACACGAGCAUCAACAACGUCAGUGACAGCAUGGACGUUCUCAGCGAGAGCUCAAUCUCACUUCAGGGUGGAGGAAGCCCGGCAUCCUCAUUGUCGAUACAGCUGGGCAAAUCUGGCCGUGUGGUUCAAAUCUUCCACUCGAGCAUUCCGGCUGCAGACAUUACUGCGGGUUCACAGCCGCAGCCUCGACAUCUCGUCGGCAUUCAAGAGUCGUUUAGUAUGGCGCGGCAUGACGUCCGUGAAGUGCUAGCUCCGGAUCUUCCCAUGGAUCAAAGCCCCGAUGCAGAGCUAAUGUACCUCUCCACCCAAAAUUUAGCUGCGCAGCAACAGAGCUUCGAAACCCGUCAAAAGCGUCCUCCCAGCACCGGAUCCAGGGGGUCGAGAGAGUCAAAGGAGUCUGCGUCUAAGAAAUCCGCAAGCUCCGCCUCGUCCCUGCGCUCUUCGGUAUUAGGUCUCCCGGAGGUGGGUUCCAUCUCCUUUAUCUUCAAUGGCUACUCAGAAGGCCUCAGCAUUGUGGAGGCCACCCUGCGCUUCGAUACCCUGAGAGGCAAAAAGGACGAGCCCGGCAGAGUCCCUGAAAUGAAGCAUUGGAUUCGCAGCAAGUGCUGGGAUGAUUUCAGGAAUUGGGUACAGAUGGAAACACAACGGUGUUGUGCUGGUGCAGCUGUUGGUGAGGUGCGUUCCUUUGAGGGCCCUCUGGAAUUUUAUUAUCCUGGCCAGCCAGACAUGACCUUGGUCUCUGGCAGCGUCAACGUGGUGCGUAUCCAAAGUGAUGGAGAUAGUGAUUUCGACGCUGAAGAAGGAGAGGAAGAAGAACCAGUUUGUGACAUGGAGGUCGAUGCAAGGCAGCCCCAGCCUGGUGCCAAGGCUGUAGCCGUAAUACCACGGAGCGCUACGAAUGGUUCAGAUCAGGCGGGGUCGGGUGAGUCCGCUGACAGUUUGGGUGGCAAUGCCAGCCCAUUGGAGAUCAGUGAGGAUGAAGCACACCAAGAGGCGCAGGUUUGCGAAAACCCUUUCUAUGACGGCGACGUCAACGAAGAGGUGGAUGCUCUUUUGGUAGAGGUGGAGUGCAAGGCCUUCUCGCAAUACCGAAGCUUGAAUACCAAGUCGCGAAAGUCUAAACGAUACGGGCAUCUGCGGCGGCAACCGCCUCUUGAGCCUAGUUUGGACGCAAUCGAGGAGGGGCCUUAG